GAAAGGUAAAUACCAAUUACUCAAAUUCUCAAAUACCAACCAUCCAAUUCACCAACUCUUGAAGUUUCCUCUCUUCAAAAGAUAGUAUCUCUUAUCUAUUCAAUAUUUCCGUCUAAUUUCGUGAUAAGUUACUGACUUACGAUUUCAUUAUCAGAAAAUUCUAUUCAUAUAUUGACUCGUCAGAAAUAUUUUCGAAAACAAUAUAAUUACGACUAUUAGGAGGUGAGGCGAGUCAAAUCAAAUCAUGGCGACUCAGUCGACCGGUGUUGUUGUGCCACGAAACUUUCGCCUUCUUGAGGAAUUGGAAGCUGGUCAGAAAGGUGUAUCAGAUGGAACUAUCAGUUGGGGUUUAGAAAACGAUGAUGAUAUGACUUUGACACAUUGGAUGGGCAUGAUAAUUGGACCUCCUCGAACACCAUAUGAAAAUAGAAUGUAUUCAAUCAAAAUUGAGUGUGGCCAAAAAUACCCUGAUGAUGCACCAACAGCAAAGUUUAUAUCUAGAAUAAAUAUAAACUGUAUCAACAGCAAUACAGGAGUGGUGGAUAACAGACAAGUUCCUGUGUUGGCUAGGUGGCAGAGAGAUUACUCCAUAAAAACCGUUUUACAAGAACUUCGUAGAUUGAUGACACUAAAAGAAAACAUGAAGCUCACUCAGCCUCCAGAGGGCAGUUGCUUUUAGCCGUCAAGUCAGCAAAACACUCCUCCUUUAUCUUCGGUUGCAAUGUGUCCCAUGAAUGUUGAUACCUGCACCAGCAAGUCAUGUUGUCUCAUCUAGCAGAACCAGUCGCAGUGUCACCUCAAUAUCGAAAAUGUUGCAUUUCUACUGAAAAGGUGUACAGCUUUGAGAGCUAUGUAUAGCAAGAAAUAUUUUAAGCAUAUAAGUUGAUUGAAUUAUUCCAAAUUGGUAAAGAAUGUAUGGAUAUAAUUUGAAAUAUUCUUUGAAAGAUAUUUUUUGUGAAGGAGUCAAUGUUUCUUACUGUUUUUUGGGUAUUGUGAACCUUCGUUAAUCUGUAAAAUAAUCAAAGCUAAAUCAUUAGAGAAUCUGCUGAAGUGUAAAUUGAACAGUUCAUCCCUAUAAGAGGAAAUUCUUCAGUUUUCCCUUUAUUGCCCUUCAGCAAAUCCUCUAUCGAUUCAGUUUUGUCUGUUUUUUUGAUUGUGGAAGUACCCAAAAAACCAGAAAUGAUUUGAAAUAUUGACACCGCAUAUUGUUUACCGCGUUCUGCAAAUCCUUUCAGAACUAUUCUUAAUCGGCUUAGAUGGCAGUGACAUACGUGUUGAAUUUGCAACAGUCUUGUUACUUCAAAUGAAAUGAAAGUAUUUCCAAGCUUUUUAAUAUGUGACAUAGCAUUUAAAAGCUGUACUGCUUAUUUCAUUUCCUUUAUGAUUUUUUUAAGUGGACUGUGUUGCUGUUAUUUGUUAGGGUAAAUUUUAAAAUAUUUGUUGAACAAUUUUGUGAUCUUUAACAAAAUACACUUGUAAUAAUUGUAACUGAAGUAAAUGUAAUUAGAACUGAGGUUCGUUUAAGCCAAUA